GUUCUUGGCUUCGUAACAUAAUCUUUGAAUGUUGAAAGGGAGUAAUGAAUCAUGAUUAUGAUUUUGAUUUGGAGAUUUUGAUUUUGGUUGGUUACCGACUUAGCGUACAGAGUAAUUACAGGCUGCCAUUUGAUUGUAGUCUAUUUAUCAGAAUCUACCAUUUUCAUGUAUCUCUCUCUUCACCGCUUUUUCUUCUCUCUCCUUCGAUUCCCCUGCCAAUUUUUCAGAACAUUCACCUCUCCCACCAUCUCCACAACCUUGUCAAUGGCGGAUUCUCAGAUGCUUGACGAUGUGGACGCCGACGACAUUCCUCACGCAUUCCUCUGCGGUGUCUGCCUGGAUCUUCUCUACAAGCCGAUAGUGCUCUCUUGUGGUCAUAUUUCAUGUUUUUGGUGCGUGCACAAAUCCAUGAAUGGUUUCCGUGAGUCCCACUGUCCAAUCUGUAGGCAUCCAUAUUAUCACUUUCCAACCAUUUGUGAGAUGCUUCACCAAUUGAUCCUGAAGAUUUAUCCUGCAGUGUAUAAGAAAAGGGAAAAUCAAAUACUAGAAGAGGAAAGGAAAAUUGGCUUUUUCUCUCCACAAUUUGAUUCCCUUGCAUGUGGCUCCCAAGCUGGUAUAAAAGUGGAACACUUGGAAGAUUCUGCUAACGGUGAGCUGAACACAAUUACAAAAAAUGAUGACGUUGUUACUGAGUUAAUAUUAGAAGAAACUUCUGAAGUUGUUAGCUCUAGUUCCGUUAAAAGCCUCAAUUCUCUUCAAGAUCCUUGUGCUCAAAAGACUCAAAACCAGGAGAAGAUUUCAGUUGCUGAUGUGCUAUGUCAAGCGUGCACCCAAUUGCUCUUCCGACCUGUGGUUCUUAACUGUGGCCAUGCAUUUUGUGAGAGUUGUAUCAACUCGCAAGUUGAGACACUCGAGUGUCAAGUUUGUCAGUUUGUGCAACCAAGGGGAUUUCCAAAUGUCUGUUUGGAGCUUGAUCAGUUUUUGAAGGAACAAUUUCCUGAAGAAUAUAGCCUCCGAAGAGACUCAAUUCAACUUGUCCUAGCCAAAAGUAUCAAGCAUGACAGUCCAAUUUCCUGUUCCAAUGAAGAGGGUAAAAAGGGAAAGGAUCUACCAAGAUGGGGUGAAGUUGCUUCUAAAGUGCAUUAUGGAGUUGGCUGUGAUUCUUGUGGGAUGUAUCCCAUCAUUGGCGAUAGAUACAAGUGCAAGGAUUGUCUUGAGGAAAUAGGUUUUGACCUCUGUGGUGACUGCUACAAUACACGUUCAAAGCGUCCUGGUCGGUUCAACCAGCAACAUAGACCAGAGCACAAGUUUCAGCUUGUACGUCCUCAAAUGUUUCAUAAUAUGAGGUUGGGGGUAGUGACUGAAAUGUUAGAGGAAGGUACUACAACCUUUAUUAUUGGUAAUGAUGAAGGUUCGGAUAGCUCGGAUGACAUAGGUGCUAUUCUCGAAUUAUCUAGUGAUGCUCGUGAGAGUGAUGAGGACGAUUCCGAUGUUGAUGGUAGAACUCAGACAAACUCCAAUGACAAUAGACCUGAUCAAAAUUACUGUUAACCUACUUAAAAUGUUAAAAUGUCUGGACUCGAAAUACGACAUUGUUCCGUAUGAGGUUUCCACUCUGGUUUUCGGAACACGAUUUCUUUCUCUAGUGUCUGGAUGAUCCAUAAACUGAAAUUUCUAUGUUUGUUCCAGGCCAGAUGAAAAAAGAGGCAUAAAAAACUUCACAUCUAUGUACAGAAAAGGGUCCCCUAAUCUUCAAAAUUUAGCUGCUUCCUCUUCCUCUCGAAUAUGUAUGGACAAUGCAGAGGCAGCUGAGGCUAGUUUCUUGUUAAAUAGCAACAGCCAACUUGUAGUAUAUAUGGUGGACAUUCAUAAACAUUUUCUGAGCAAACUUGGAAAGUGAGAUUUUAUUUUUGUUUGUAGUGUUCUUGCACCAAUAGUUUAUCUCUCUGUUGAUGCACAGGCAACAUAAAUAUUUUACAUCUUUUAAAGUUAUAUUAUAUAUUCAGAUGAUUAAUUGAUUA